AUGGCGGAAUCGAUAUACAGUAAAGGAACACAGGUAUGGUUUGAGGACAAAGAGCAAGGAUGGAUUCGCGGGGAGGUAUUGUCCUGCUUAUUGUCAGCUGAGGAGGAUGGAAUAGUGGAGCUGAAGUUUCUCAAUGAAAGACACAAGGAGACUACACUGAAAACUACGCUCAACGAAAUUGCUCGAAAUGCCACCAAGGAUACCAGAAAGACCCUUCCGCCUCUUUGUAACGCGCCCGAGUACGAUCAAGUGAACGACUUGACUCAGCUUCCUCAUUUGAAUGAACCAUCCAUCCUCCAUGUCAUCCACAAUCGAUAUACCACCCACAAACAACUCUACACCUACAGUGGAAUAGUCCUUGUCGCCAUCAAUCCUUUUACAGACGUCCCUAUCUAUGGGCAGAAUGUUAUCCAGAUGUACGCUGGGGCAGCGGGAAAGAAACGGGACGAGUUGAACUUGGAACCUCAUCUGUUUACUAUUGCCGAAGAAGCUUACAGAGCUAUGCAGAGAGAUUCGCAGGACCAGACGAUAAUCGUUUCUGGGGAAAGUGGUGCUGGGAAGACGGAAUCGGCGAAAUAUAUCAUGAGGUAUAUGGCUUCUAUGAAAUCCAACGUGUCCGAUAUGAUACCAGAAGAGGCUGCCUCAUCCGUCGAACAUCAAGUUCUCGCUACGAACCCCAUCCUUGAGGCAUUCGGUAAUGCCAAAACGUCAAGAAACGAUAAUUCUUCCCGGUUCGGAAAAUAUAUUCAGGCAUGGCUAAAACAUCCCCUCGUGCAGAUCCUUUUCGACUCCAACUCUUCCAUCGUCGGAGCUCGUAUCCGUACCUACCUUCUCGAGCGAUCACGAAUAUCCUUUCAACAACGAUCCGAACGAAACUACCAUAUAUUCUACCAGCUCUGCCAGGGAGUCUCUAAGCUGCCAGACUCGGAACGCGCUCAAUUUGGAUUAGACGGAUUAAACUCGGACUUGACAGACGGGAAAGGAUUCCGAUACCUCUCGUCGUCUUCUUCCUCUUUCAAGAUUGACAAUGUCGACGAUGCAGCCAACUUUGCUGCAACCCGUCAAGCAUUGUCCGUUGUUGGUAUCGACUCCGCAAACCAACUGUCUAUCUUCCGUCUCCUAGCUGGUAUCCUCCAUCUCGGUAACAUCGACAUACAACACAGGCGAGAUGCCAAAGAUGCGAUAAUCGAUUCUAAAAGUGAUCAUGCUUUAGCCAAAGCUACGGAGCUACUUGGUAUCAGCGCAGAGCAAUUUGCUCGAUGUACGACGAAGAAGGUCAUCGAUGCUAGAGGAGAGAAGUAUGAGUCUGCGAGAACAGUGGAUCAAGCGGUGGGUGUGAGGGAUGGAGUGGCAAAGUUUAUCUAUAAUAGUGUUUUUGAUUGGUUGGUGAAGAGGAUCAAUGAGAGGGAGAGUGACGACAAGGGACGAAGGGAGAGAACAUUCAUUGCAGUGCUGGAUAUUUACGGUUUUGAACAUUUCCAGACGAACUCUUUUGAGCAAUUCUGCAUCAAUUACGCCAAUGAGAAGCUACAACAGCAGUUCGUUUCCCACGUCUUCAAACUUGAGCAAGCCGAAUACGCCUUAGAAUCCAUCGACUGGACCACCAUCGAAUUUUCCGACAAUCAACCUUGCAUUGAUCUUAUAGAAGGCAAACUCGGUAUUCUCGCCUUACUUGAUGAAGAAUCCCGUCUCGCUACCGGAACAGACGAUUCCUUCAUCGACAAGCUCAACAGUCAACUCAAAUCCCCUUCCUCGCAACAUAAAGCCAUUUUCAAAGAUCACCUACACGGAAACGAAGCAUUCACCAUAGCGCAUUAUGCCGGAGAUGUGUCAUAUAAUAUCGAUGGAUUCCUGGAGAAGAACCGGGGAACGGUGCCGGAUGAGCAUAGGGAUUUGCUUAUGGGUUCGACGAAUGAGUUUUUGAGAGAGGUUGUAGAGGUUGGGUCCAAUGUGGGUAUUGAUAGUCACGCGAAUCCGCAUGCCUCAAAAAACGGGCCGAGCGGAGUAGUGUCCCCCAAACCAGGAGGCGCGGUCAGCGCAAACGGGCCAAGUAAGGCAGUAUCAGGCCGCAAACCCACGCAAUGUUCUGUCUUCAAACUGUCUUUGCUCACACUGACUGAGGCUCUGAAACGGACGUCGAUACACUACAUCCGAUGUAUCAAGCCGAAUGAGAGUAAGACACCUUGGUUAUUCGAUGGCAGCUCAGUUGCAGCUCAAUUGAAAGCAUGUGGGGUGUUGGAGACGAUUAGAAUUACGAGUGAGGGGUAUCCAACGAGGUGGAGAUAUGAGGAUUUUGUGGAAAGGUAG